UAUGGCUGCGCCCAUGAGUGAAAUACAUUGACCGGCCUUGAAACAUUUUCACGGAUUUCUGUUUAAUGAAAUAAGUCUGAUUGUUUAUUUUAAGUGAUCUUUAGACCAAGAACGUUCAACUUAAAGAUUCACUAUGCUGAGGACCGUGUCAAAGCGUAGUACUUCGGCUUGCACCAGACUUAUAACUGGCUUAAGAUGGCGGUCUUUAUCAGCUGCAGCAACAGCUACCAACACUGAUGUGCAGGACAAGAUUAGAACCCUAAAGAAAAGAUCAAAGCUUCAUGGCUAUACUGUAGAAAAGGUGGAUGAGGUUCCAGAACUGUUUCUCACAGCUGUAUCCCUGCAUCAUGAUAAGACGGGCGCCAAACACUUCCAUGUGGCCAGGGACGAUUCAAAUAACUCUUUCAGUGUUGCGUUCAAAACAACCCCACUUGACAGCACAGGGGUUCCACACAUUCUAGAACAUACUGUGUUGUGCGGGUCAAGAAAAUUCCCGGUCAGGGACCCAUUCUUUAAGAUGAUAAACCGGUCACUGGCAACCUUCAUGAAUGCCCUAACAGCCAGUGACUGGACAAUGUACCCAUUUUCCUCACAAAACAGAAAGGACUAUAACAAUCUCCUUGCCAUAUACCUUGAUGCUGUUUUCUAUCCGCAACUGCGAGAACUCGACUUCAGCCAGGAAGGUUGGAGAUUGGAACAUGAGAAUCCAGCUGAUAAAUCAUCACCAAUAGAUUUCAAGGGCGUUGUAUACAAUGAAAUGAAAGGAGUCUUUUCCAGUCAGCAGAACAUCUUUGCCGAGGCAGUGCAGAACAAAUUAUUACCCAGUCACACAUAUGGGGUGGUGUCUGGAGGCGAUCCCGCGUACAUACCAGACCUUACAUGGACGCAACUGAAGGACUUUCACAAAACACACUACCAUCCUAGCAAUGCACGCUUCUACACCUAUGGAAAUUUCCCCUUGGAAGAUCAUCUUCAAUACAUCAAUGACAACUACCUUCAGAACUUUGAAGCCAUCUCAGUGGACACUGAUGUCCCCUCUGAGCCCAGAUGGAAUAAACCUGUUGAAGAGAAAGUUACAUGUCAGCCGGACACAAUGGCCCCAGAUCCCGAGAAACAGACGACACUUGCCGUGAACUUUCUUCUAUCAGAUAUCACAGAUUUAGAUGAGGCCACCACACUCAGUAUAAUAUCCACCCUUCUUACGGAUGGAGAAAUGUCACCGUUCUACCAAUCAUUGCUUGAAGCAAACAUCGGGUCGGACUACUCUCCAGUUAUUGGAUACAAUGGUUAUACCAAGGAGAGCACGUUUUCUGUUGGUCUCCAGGGAAUCCAUCAAGAUGACAUUCCGAAGGUGAAGAAAAUCAUAGCGGAGACCAUUGAUAAAGUCAUCAGUGAAGGGUUUGAGCAGUCAAGAAUUGAUGCCCUGCUUCACAGAAUAGAGCUGGGAACCAAACACCAGACUAGCAACUUUGGACUUGGCAUUAUUAUGAACAUUGUCAGUGGAUGGAAUCAUGGUGGGGAUGCCGCAGAAAUGUUGAAGGUGAAUUCCACUAUGGACAGAUUCAAACAGAGGCUUCAAGAUGACCCACAUUACCUACAGAACAAAGUUCAACAGUAUUUUAAGGCCAACACCCACUGUUUGACACUAGUUAUGUCCCCUGAUGAGAAAUAUGAUGAUAUCCGUAAACAAGGAGAGCAGGAAAAACUUAAGGCCUGUGUGAACAAGCUCACAGACCAGGAUAGGGAGAAAGUGCUCAAACUUGGUCAGGAGCUACUAGAAAGUCAGAAUGCUGCAGAAGAUUUGGGUUGCCUCCCUUGUAUACAGGUGGCAGAGAUUGACCGGAAAAUCCAGCCUGAAGUUAUGGAAAAGACAGACUUUGAUGGUAUCCCAGUGUUCUCUACCUGUCAACCGACCAAUGAGGUUGUAUAUCUGAGAAUGAUGUCAUUCUUAGACAAGGUGCCUGAGGAAAUGAAGAUUUAUAUCCCCUUGUUUACUAGUGUCAUAACAAGAAUGGGUGCUGGUGCAUACGACUAUAAAGAACUCUCCCACCAAGCUGAGCUUCAUACGGGCGGUCUCAACGCUGGCACUCACGUCUCUGCUCACCACACUAAUCCCGAUGAUUUUGACCAGGGAGUUGUGUUUUCCUCAUAUUGCUUGGAGCGAAAUCUCAACAGAAUGUUGGAUCUGUGGACAGAAAUUUUUGACAGGUCCAACCUACGAGACAGUAAUCGUCUGGAGACCCUGAUUAAAAUGGCAGCCGCUGACCUGGCAGCAGGAAUUCCCCAGGCUGGACAUUCAUACGCUAUGACUCACUCCGCGUCAUCAUUAAACCCGGCAGCACAAGUGAAUGAGAUGUUUUCUGGGGUGUCUCAGGUUUCGAUUAUGAAGAAGAUAGCAGAGUUGGAAGAUAACAGCAAGGUCAUGGAACACUUGGUCGAGCUGGGAAGGGAGAUUCUGAACAAAGAUAAUCUCAAGAUAUCUGUUAAUGCAACACCCCAGUUUAUGCCUAAAGCUCUAAAAGAACUCGAUGGGUUUAUAACUACCCUUCAUAGUGACAGAAAACCAGAACAGCGUGUUUACAAGGAUCACACUACACAUACGAAGAGUUUCACAGCUAGCUCAAAGAAAACUCAGAUUGAACUCCCAUUCUCUGUAAACUACAUGAGCAAAAGUGUCCAGACAGUACCCUACACUCAUGAGGACUGCCCUAGGUUACAAGUGCUCUCUCGGCUGUUGUCAUGGAAAUACUUGCACCGGGAGAUACGCGAGAAGGGCGGAGCAUAUGGAGGAGGGGCUGCAAUGGUGCCCAAGAAUGGGGUGUUCAGCUUCUAUUCAUACAGGGACCCCAAUUCCAUGAACACCCUGUCAGUGUUUGAGGAUGCCAUAAACUGGGCUGCUAGAGGAGAGUUCACAGACACUGACGUUGAAGAAGCUAAAAUCACCAUGUUUCAACAGUCAGACAAACCAGUGCCCCCGGGCCAAAUGGGAACCACGCUGUUCCUGAAUAACAUCACUGACGAAAUGAGACAGCAGUCUCGAGACCAGCUAUUUGCAGUCGCUAAAGACAGUCUUGUUGAUGUCACACAAAGGUACCUGGUGUCCGGACAAAAGCCUUCUUCCCUUUCUUUCCUGGGCCCAAACAACAGUAAGGUGGCAGAGGACCAAAGCUGGAAAAUUGUAAAGGAAUAAAGUUGAAGGUGUAGGACUAAAGCUGGAGAAUUAUAUAUAAAAAAUGUUUAAGGAGUCAAGGGACUACACAUAGAAAAUUGCUUAAGGCGUUAAAGCAUUUAAGAAUUUUGCCUGAAUGACAUCUUGAAUGCCCAUAGCUGAAAGUGGCAGAGUACAAGAUCUGAACAAUUUUAAGGAAUAAGUUCCUAUCUGAAGGCUUCAGUAUUCAAAGUCUAGAAUAUUGUUUAGUUCAAGCUUUCAAAGGAUUGUACUAGUUUAAAUUGAGUGUAUUUAUCAAAUGAUGAUAAUAAUUGAAGUAAAUUAAUUUAAAAAAAUCAAAUAACAAUAUUAACUAAUAUGGAUCUUGCUGUUUUCUUCUGUAGUGUAACAAAAAUAGAUUGAUCUUGUUUGUGAUUCUAUUUGUUACAUUUUGGAGGCAUUAUGUACAUUCAUAAUAAAACAAAACUAA